AUGACGGCUGAAGCAAGAAAAUACGAUGUGGAGCACCAGUCGCUGCUGCCAACCAUGCCUUUGAAGAGUGAGACCGGAGAUCAACACCACAAACUACUUGGCAUCUCGUGUGUGGCACUGUCGGCCGUGUGUUUCAGCCUCAUGUCCACUCUAAUCAAGUUCAACACGUACACAAUGACGUCAAUUGAGGCCAUUUUCUGGCGCUCUAUCGUCGCUAUGAUACUCAAUUACGUGUGCAUUUUGUACAGCGGUAAGACACAUUACGUCGCGCCAGAAGACCGACGAAUUUUACUAUAUCGCUGUGUUGCUGGAUUUGCUUCCAUUUCCUUUGCAUUUUACGCGGUCUCUCAGAUGGUGCUUGCUGACGCGAGUACUCUCGUCUUCACGUCGCCCGUUUUCACCUUCUUUCUGGGAGCCUGUAUUCUACAUGAGCACAUUGACACUCUCAGCUUUGUGUGUGCACUUUUAUCAUUUGGAGGUUUGAUUUGCGUCGUUCGUCCUGGUUUUAUCUUUGGAUACGCCCAUGCUACAGUAGCCACAGAUGGUUCGUGGAUCGCCAUUGGAUCGGCUUUACUUGGUGCCAUUGGCCAGGCGCUCGUGUUCAUUUCGGUGCGAAAGCUGAGGCGCAUUCAUUUUAUGGUCAUUGUGCACUACUUUAUGCUAUUUAGCUCGAUUGGAUCGCUUUUGUAUAUGCUUUUGGUGCAGCGGACUUUCGUGAUGCCUUCAAAUAUUGGCAUUUGGCUGGCUAUCGUUGGAAGCGGCUUGUUUACAUUCGUGGGCCAGCUGUUGCUGACAAAAGGUUUCCAGAUUGAGAAGGCUGGUAUCGCUUCAGUAAUGCGCUAUCUGGAUGUCGUUUGUGUCUUCAUUUGGGACUACCUACUGCUCGGGGAAAGAAUAAAUUACUGGAGUAUUGUGGGUGCUGCAAUUAUUUGCACGUGUGCAGCUGUGAUCGCAUUGCGAAAAGCUCAUGCAAGUUAG